GGACUUGCAGUGCGCUUCCAGGGCUCCGCUGCGCUGCGGAUUGCAUUCGCUGGAUACCGGAGAGCGGAAGUACAACCGGGCUUGGCUCCGACCUCCGCGCCGGUGCUUUGUGCGGCUGCGCGGGCUGUCGGGGACUCCUGCUUUCUUGCCUCUGCGGGACAGUGUGGGUCAAGCAGGCAGAGCUGGAAACGAGCCACCUCACCGGUGCGGGAAGUCGGACAAGGAGCCGGCAUUCCGGUUUGUCUUUGGUUGAAGAAAAAAUUUAGCCUAUAUGUACUGCUUUGACCACUGGAAGAAUGACAGAUGACAAAGAUGUGCUUCGAGAUGUAUGGUUUGGACGAAUUCCAACUUGCUUCACUCUAUAUCAGGAUGAGAUAACUGAAAGGGAGGCAGAACCAUACUAUUUGCUUUUGCCAAGAGUAAGUUAUUUGACGUUGGUAACUGACAAAGUGAAAAAGCACUUUCAGAAGGUUAUGAAACAAGAAGACAUUAGUGAGAUAUGGUUUGAAUAUGAAGGCAUACCACUGAAAUGGCAUUAUCCAAUUGGUUUGCUGUUUGAUCUUCUUGCGUCAAGUUCACCUCUUCCUUGGAGCAUCACAGUACAUUUUAAGAGUUUUCCAGAAAAGGACCUUCUUCAUUGUCCAUCUAAAGAUGCAAUUGAAGCUCAUUUUAUGUCUUGUAUGAAAGAAGCUGAUGCUUUAAAGCAUAAAAGUCAAGUAAUCAAUGAAAUGCAGAAAAAAGAUCACAAGCAGCUUUGGAUGGGACUACAAAAUGACAGGUUUGACCAGUUUUGGGCCAUCAAUCGGAAACUCAUGGAAUAUCCUGCAGAAGAAAAUGGAUUUCGUUAUAUCCCUUUUAGAAUAUAUCAGACAACAACUGAACGACCUUUUAUUCAGAAGCUUUUUCGUCCUGUGGCUGCAGAUGGACAGCUGCAUACACUAGGAGAUCUCCUCAGAGAAGUCUGUCCUUCUGCCAUUGCUCCUGAAGAUGGGGAAAAAAAGAAUCAAGUGAUGAUUCAUGGAAUUGAGCCUAUGUUGGAAACACCUCUGCAGUGGCUGAGUGAACAUCUGAGCUACCCAGAUAAUUUUCUUCAUAUUAGUAUCAUCCCCCAACCAACUGAUUGAAGGAGCAACUCCUGGCCUGGAUGGAAUCACCCUGAAACAGGAUUUCCCAGAGCAUGUCACCCUUUGCUUCAAUCAGGUUUGGUGGAGGCAAGCUGACCAGAAGCUCUGCUGCUGCAAGCCAAGCAGGAAGAAGAUUCCCUGUGAGAUAAGGCACCUGGGCUGGUCUUUAUUCAUCACUACUGCUUCCCUCCACUACCGGCAUUAAACCUCAGCUGCGAUAUGAAAGACUUAACGGGACCACUGCGAAUCUUCUGUCUUCUGGUAGAAUAGAAUGAAGCUGAAACCUUUGGCCUAAGAUGAAAAUGGAAACAUGUGCCACUCAGUUUGUAUUUCUGAUUAACAAAUAAACAGGGGUAUUUCCUAAAGUGAGCAUGGUUGAACUUUAGCUCAAGAGAGUGGAAAGGUUGGUUGAAUUUUUAAGAAAAUUACAUGUAAGAAAGUAAAAAAGAAAUUCUGUUAUCAAUAACUUGCAGUAAUUUUUUGUAAAAGAUCAAAUUACAGUAAACCAUCUUUCCUUAAUGAAAAUUUCCUAUGUUUACAGUCUGUCUAUUGGUAUGCAAACAAUCUUGUAACUUUGAUAAUGAACAGUGAGAGAUUUUUAAAUAAAGCCUCCAAAUAUGUUUUGUCAUUUAAUAACAA